AUGUCUCUGCACUCGUAUAUCAACAAGAAAGUAUGCAUUCUGACCGUUGACGGGCGGACACUCCUCGGGACAUUGCUAUCCACCGACCAACUGACGAACUUGGUCCUCCUGGACACAAUCGAGCGAAUCAUUCGAACCCCCGAUGACCCGGAACCGAGCUCCCAGAUCGAACAUGGCCUCUACCUGAUCCGAGGCGACAAUGUGGUCCUCUGCGGCGAGGUCGACGAAGGCAUCGACAACGACAUUGACUGGACGAAGGUCAGGGGCGAGGUGGUCAAAGGCACAAAGAACGCAUGA